AUGAAGAAUGGGCGCGCGAGUCCGGAGUGGAGUGGAGUGGAGUGGAGUGGAGUGGAGUGGAGUGGAGUGGAGUGGAGUGGAGUGGAGUGGAGUGGAGUGGAGUGGAGUGGAGUGGAGUGGAGCGGCUGCGAGGGGCACUCUUGGCUCGUGACUCUUGGCUCGUGA